UCACUCAUUCCUCACUUACACCGAACCUCCUGUUAUCAGAACAAAUCCAAUGGAGUCCGACUACCAGGAAGAGUUUCCACCAAUCUCCUUCACAACAUUCAAAGCAUUGUCGAAGGACAACCACGAGCCGUCAGGUGUUGUUUCUACAGAGAUGAGCCAAGAAAUGCACGCCAGAGCUACAGAUGUUACAUUUCACAAUAACCAUUCAUUUAAUGAUCACCACCACAAAGAAAUGCCAAGGAAACUUGACGGCUCCUUGAAAGAGCAAACGCAUCAAUGGUUCCAAAACACUCAAAGGGCACAGAUGGUCAAGCAGGGGCAAUUUCCAGACUGGUUUCAUGGAUUUCUUACCCGAAGACGUGCCGAGGAAAUAUUGCAGGAUAAGCCACUGGGGUGCUUCCUCGUCCGAUUUUGUGAAAGUAGGGUUGGAUACGUGCUUUCCUACAGGGGUAGUGAACGAUGUCGUCAUUUUAUGCUGGACCAGUUGGGAAAUGGGCAGUACGUCAUAGAGGGAGAGAAAAUUGCUCACUCCCACCUCGAAGACUUAGUGACUCAUUACCGUUCGUAUCCCGUGGAACCCUACAACGAACUGCUUACGACUGCCUGCGUUAUGGUUCGCACAAAGCUGAGCCCUGGUGACCCUUUGAAAAGCCUUUGUGAAGCACCUGGCGAGGUCAAAACAUAUAGUAGUAUCUACAAACCAGCCAGAAGUCCUACAGAGAAGAAGCCCACCCUGACCACAUCCCUAGAAGGAAAGAAAAGUCUCCUUUCUGAAGGGAAAAUAAAGGUGGAGCAGAUCAUGCAUCCGUUCUUCAAGAACACAUCUGAAAUCCAUGAAAAAGAAUCCAGGAAAUAUUCAGAUCCCGAAGACCUGGCUCACGCCUACAAGCCAACAAAGAUGGCAUCUGGCUCCGAUAUGCAUUCUUUGAUGGAAAUAUGCCCUCCAGAAAAGGAUUAUGCUACAAUGGAGGAAUUCCAUACUUACGCUGACCCAACACCGUGCGGGAGACGGGCGAGAGACGUUUUUCAUGAGGCGGACGAAACAAUUGCUUUUUAUGCUAUAGGACGAGGCUCUUGCAAGGACAACCAUGACAACGUUUAUUCCGAGGUGGAUAACCGUUCAGCUGGAUCAGACAGAUUCGGAGCCAAAAUGUGUAGAGAGGAGGUAUCGUCCACCCUUCCCCAUCCCGCAAAGAGAGUGCCACAAAAUAAAGCCACAUCAUUCCAUUCUUCACUCCGAAUGAAAAAGUAUUUAACUCCGUCAUCACAAGAGCGUUACAAGUCCCCAGGGAAAGCAGCCAAAUUUUUCCUCAGCAGCCAGCCAAAACUGAAUACGCAGUUCGAUGAUCCAGCUUACGGAUACAGCGCUUCGUGCGGAGGAGAUCAAGGCUCUCAGGAUGACCGGUUAGAAGUAGAGAACAUCUAUGAAAGAAUUCCAGAAUGCCUUCAAGCCAAGAAGUAA